AUGAGUGGAUGCACCAGCGUGCCUACCGUCGGCAUUUUGCUGCAGCAGAUGCGCCAUGAUGACCCAGACUAUCGCAUCGUGGCUACAGACGACCUUGGCAAAGCCUUGAGUGACGGGUCUAUAGUUCUGAAAUCAAAUGAGACGCCGGAAGUGGUCAGAGUG